AUGGUUCAAUCAUCCGUUCUUGGUUUCCCACGUAUGGGAGCUCUCAGAGAGCUUAAGAAAGCUACUGAGGCAUACUGGGGUCAAAAGAUUUCUCAAGCUGAUCUCCUUGCUGAGGCAAAGAGACUCCGUCUUGAACACUGGAACAUUCAAAAGAAUGCCGGUGUCGAUAUCAUUCCAUCCAACGACUUCGCUUUAUAUGAUCAAGUUCUUACCCACAUCCAAGACUUUGGUGCUACGCCAGAAAGAUAUACUCAACAUGGUCUCGACCCAAUCGAUGAAUACUUUGCUAUGGGACGUGGUCACCAACGUGACGGUGUUGAUGUUCCUUCCUUGGAGAUGGUAAAAUGGUUCGACUCAAACUACCAUUACGUUAAGCCAACUCUUCAAGACAACCAAUCCUUCAAGCUCACCUCAGACCCAAAGGCUGUUCGUGAAUUCAAGGAAGCCAAAGAGGCUGGUAUCACUACCCGGCCAGUCUUGGUUGGUCCAGUUUCUUUCCUCCACCUCGGAAAGCCAGACCGUGGACAAUCCGUUGACCCAAUUGAUCUUUUGGACAACCUUUUACCAGUUUACAUUGAGCUCCUUAAGCAACUUAAGGCUGCCGGUGCCCAGACUGUUCAAAUUGAUGAGCCAACUCUCGUUUUCGAUCUUCCAGCCAAGACCAAGGCUGCUUUCAAGCCAACAUACGAGAAGCUCGCCAGUUUAGGUGAUGAGAUCCCAAAGAUCGUCUUCGCUACCUACUUCGGUGAUAUCGUUCACAACAUUGAUGCUCUCCCAACUGAUAUCUAUGCUGUUCACGUUGAUUUGGUCCGUAAUCCAGAACAAUUGGAGACUGUCAUCUCCGCUUUGGGAUCAAAGACCAUCUUGUCCGCUGGUGUUGUUGAUGGACGUAACAUCUGGAAGACCAACCUCAAGCGUGCCAUUGAGACUGUUGAGUCUGCUAUUCAAAAGCUCGGAAAGGACCGUGUCAUUGUUGCCACUUCCUCUUCUCUCCUCCAUACCCCACACACUCUUGCAAGUGAGAAGAAGCUUGACCCAGAAAUCGCUGAUUGGUUCUCUUUCGCUUCCGAGAAGGUUGUUGAAGUUGCUGUCAUUGCCAAGGCUGUUACUGAAGGACCAGCUUCCGUUCGUGCUGAGCUCGAGGCUAACGCCAAGUCUGUCCAAGCCCGUGCUUCAUCCAAGAGAACCAAUGACCCUAAGGUCAAGGAACGUCAAUCUAAGAUUGUCGAGAAGGACUACAACAGAAUCUCCCCAUUCCCAGAACGUAUCUCUCAACAACAAAAGGCCUUAGGUCUUCCUCUUUUCCCAACCACCACCAUUGGUUCCUUCCCACAAACCAAGGAGAUCCGUAUUCAACGUAACAAAUUCACCAAGGGUGAAAUCACUGCCGAGGAGUACGAGAAGUUCAUUGAGAAGGAGAUUGAAGAUGUUGUCAAGGUUCAAGAAGAACUUGACCUCGAUGUCUAUGUUCACGGUGAGCCAGAACGUAACGACAUGGUUCAAUACUUUGGUGAACGUCUUGAUGGUUAUGCCUUCACCACACACGCAUGGGUCCAAUCAUACGGUUCCCGUUGCGUUCGUCCUCCUAUCAUCGUUGGUGAUAUCUCUCGCCCAGCACCAAUGACUGUCAAGGAAUCCAAAUACGCCGUCUCCAUCUCCAAGAAGCCAAUGAAGGGUAUGUUGACUGGACCAAUCACCUGUUUGAGAUGGUCUUUCCCUCGUGAUGAUGUUCAUCAAUCCAUUCAAGCUGAGCAACUUGCUUUGGCUCUUCGUGAUGAGGUUGUUGAUCUUGAGGCUGCUGGUGUUUACGUCAUUCAAGUCGAUGAACCAGCUCUUCGUGAAGGUCUUCCGCUUCGUUCCGGUAAGGAGCGUGAGGCUUACCUUGAUUGGGCUGUUAAGUCUUUCAGACUUUCCGUCUCUGGUGUUCAAGAUUCCACUCAAAUUCACUCUCACUUCUGUUACUCUGAGUUCCAGGAUUUCUUCCACGCCAUUGCCGCUCUUGACGCUGAUGUUCUCUCUAUUGAGAACAGCAAGUCUGAUGCUAAGCUCCUCAAGGUCUUUGUUGAUGAGGCUUACCCACGUCACAUUGGUCCAGGUGUUUAUGACAUUCACUCUCCUCGUGUUCCAUCCGAGCAAGAGAUUAAGGACAGAAUUGAGGAGAUGUUACAAUUCCUUAAGCCAGAGCAACUUUGGAUUGAUCCUGAUUGUGGUCUUAAGACUCGUCAAUGGGCUGAAACCAAGGCUGCUUUGACCAACAUGGUUAAUGCUGCCAAGUUUUACCGUCAAAAGUAUGCCAAGAAGGCAUAA